CUCAUUCAUUUUCCAUCUUCAAAAAAAAUGGCUUCGUUUCAUAUGAUUACAACCCUUCUUUUUCUGCUAACAAUAAUGCUGGGUGCAUCAAAUGCUCAACUCAGUGCCACCUUUUAUGCCAAAACCUGCCCUAAUGUGUCCACCAUUGUUAGUAAUGUGCUGCAACAAGCUCAAGGAAAUGAUAUUUGGAUAUUCCCUAAGAUCGUUCGCCUUCAUUUUCAUGAUUGUUUUGUUCAUGGUUGUGAUGCUUCGUUACUGUUGAACGGUACGGAUGGUGAGAAAACGGCAACCCCAAACCUUUCGACGGAGGGAUAUGAAGUUAUCGACGAUAUCAAAACGGCGUUGGAGAAAGCUUGCCCUCGUGUCGUCUCAUGCGCCGAUGUUUUGGCACUUGCUGCUCAAAUUUCUGUUUCCUUGGGUGGAGGUCCGAAAUGGCAAGUUCCGUUAGGGAGAAGGGAUAGUCUGACUGCGCACCGGGAAGGUACUGGAAGUAUCCCGACCGGCCACGAGAGCCUUGCUAAUAUUGCAACCUUGUUCAAGAGCGUCGGACUUGAUUCUACUGAUCUAGUCGCUUUGUCCGGUGUUCACACAUUCGGAAGGGCUCGAUGUGCGGCGUUCAUGGACCGACUCUACAACUUCAAUAACAUAACGGGGAAAACCGAUCCUACCCUCAACGCGACAUAUGCAAACACACUCAAACAACGAUGUCCUAAAGGCGGAGACACUAAAAGUUUGAUCGAUCUCGAUGAACAAAGUUCGCUUACGUUCGACAACAAGUACUUUUCGAACCUACAAAACCGUAGGGGGUUGCUUCAAACAGACCAAGAAUUGUUUUCUACUAAUGGGGCUGAAACAGUGGCCAUUGUUAACAGAUUUGCAAGCAGUCAAAGCCAGUUCUUUAGUAGCUUUGCGAAGGCCAUGAUAAAGAUGGGGAACUUAAACCCUUUGACUGGUACCAAUGGAGAAAUAAGGCUCGAUUGCAAAAAGGUCAAUUAGAGAUUAUGUGAAAUGGGUUUUAACUUUUAAAUCAAGUUUAAAGUUUUGGUUUUGUUUUUUUUCUUUUUAGUGAUGGGCUGUUUCUUUAAAGUAUGCAAAAAAGUAUUAUCCUAUGAUGUUUUGGAAUAAUAAUAUUGAAAUUUUUAGUUAUUAA